AUGAAACAUAAAAAGAUAAUCAAGAUACUGGUGAUACUUUGUAUUUUAACUGUGUUGUAUUUUUAUAACUUAAAUAUUAACUUAUCAAUUAUUUUAAAUAUCUCCACUAAACAAUUUGAGUUAAAAACUGAUUCGGAAGUGACGUACCCGGUGACUUUAUCUGGUGAAUUUGUUUUAAACAAUCUAACCAUUUGUCCACGUGACCGAUAUGUCACGGCUCUCGUUCUCGUACACACGGCUGCUCAACAUUUUGAACGUAGACGUAACAUCCGGUCAACUUACGGAUCCAAAAAGCUAUUUCUUCCCACCGAAGUCCGAGUUGUGUUUUUAGUGGGAAUUGUACAAAAUCUGAAGAUUCAGGAGAAAAUUCAAGAGGAACAUACCCAAUAUGGCGACAUAAUUCAGGGACAAUUUAUUGAUACAUACCAUAAUUUGACCAACAAAGGUAUCAUGGGCUUCCGGUGGAUUCUGAAUUAUUGUAAUAAUGUGGACUACGUCAUCAAAGUUGAUGAUGACGUCAUAUUUGAUAUGUGGAGAUUUCUAGACAAUCUGGAGGCUUUCAAUUCAACACGAUCGAUGUUUUGUACUCCGAUAUAUGACGGUCAGAUAUUCAGAGAUGGAAAAUGGACAGUGCCGGAGUCUCAAUUUGUAGGAGUGACAAACUGGCCGUGGACAUAUUGUCAAGGCUUUGUCGUCAUAAUGACUGGUGAAGUCAUUCGAGAACUGUUUCACGCAGCACACGUCACCCCGUUUUUAUGGAUUGAUGACGUAUAUUUAUUUGGUUACCUCCCUUUUCAAACAGGAAAUAUCACCAUCCGUCCAAUGCCUAAAAUGUUACAGCUUGAACCCAAUCCUGAAGGUGGUUUAUGUUUAAGUGUAGCUGGGUCUGAAUGUCCUAUGGUAGCGGUCGGUGUGGAAGAAAAAAUGUUCAAGUUCCAUUGGAAGAUGAUUUUGCUGAGAAACAACAAAACCUUCUCCUGA